UCUUCAUUUUCCCUCUUUUUCACACGCCCAACAUUUUGAGUUUCUUUUUAUUGUUUAAUAUUACUGGUUCCCCAAUCUGCGGAGUCAAGACAAAGGGGAAAAAAAACAAAAACAAAGGCAAAGUACACUGUCAUUUGUCAAUUUAAAAGACAAAAUUGAAAGAUUUUUCUGAUUAUGCUCAAAUUACGGUUUUCCUAUGCUCUUCUAUCAUUCGCAUUUGUUGGAGUUGCAACGCCAGAACGCAGAAAGAUAUGUUAGACAAGACCAUCAUAAUCAUAUUUAUGAGAUCUCUUCUGGGAUGGGUGUCCGAGUUUGUGCAUUUAUGCCAUCUGGGUACUUUAUAUUUGGUUCCUUUUCUUCUUAAUUUCACUGCUUUAUUCUUUUGGAUGCCUCGUUUUCUUUUGGGAGUUAAUUUAAUACUAAGAAGCUGCGGCUUGCCCCAAGAAGUUUCUGCACAUGGGGUUGUCAGUAAUCACAGUCUGAGACCUUUUCCCAAACCCUGCGGCUGUUGAUUUAUAUUUCGCUUCUUUUUGGAAUCAGCUGUCGCUUUGAGUUGGAUUUAUCACUUUCGCAUCUGCCUUGGGAGGUGAAGUAGAAAGCUGUUGAAUGGGACUUUUCAGAGUCGGCUUCUGGAUUUUUCUUGGGAAUGUCAGUAAGAUUUCCAGGGGAUCUUAAGAAAAGUUGAGUGCAUUAGAUUGAGUUUCCUCCAGUUCUGAGAGAGUGAAAGUGAAAGCAUUCACUGAUGGGUUCUUCUUGUUCCCUCAAAAUAUGGUGGUUUGUUCUCCAAGGAAUUUUCUUCUGUUAGAUCAAUUUCAGGUUCAAAGAAGCUGUUCCGUUUGUGGGGUAUAUGCAAACUCAGAUUCUCAAACUGGAAAGGUCAGGAAGAUUGCCUUUUUUCUUUUAAAGGAAAAAAAGAACAAGCAAGAUUUGUUGGAGCUCCUCCUGGGGUCCAUUUGGCUCUAUUAAGUUUCUCUCAGACGGGAAAAAUUAAUUCCUUCUGAUAUCGAUUGGAGAAAACUGGAAUAUAAAUUUGUACUCGUUCCUUAAGUUGUCUCUUUCUCAAGGCGUUGGGAACUGAUACUCUCUCCUAUAUUAGUUCAGUGGUCAAGAAAAGCGUCCCUCUUAAUCUUGGGAAUUGAGGAAUUUUUUCUUCUCUCUUCUAUCUUCUUCCAAUCACUGUAGUUCUGGCGAAGUCUGCUGAUACUGGUAUAGGCCUGGAAAUCUUGAGAGGGUAUCUUUUAACUUGUAGUCCUUGAGAUUCAUUGGAAAUGGCUGAAAAUACCCAAGAGGGGCGAUCUUUGGCUUUGACGCCUACUUGGUCAGUUGCUUCCGUGUUGACAAUUUUCGUCGCAGUUUCGUUGUUUGUAGAGCGCUCCAUUCAUAGGCUAAGCUCUUGGCUGGGGAAAACUAAUAGAAAACCCUUGUUUGAGGCAGUGGAGAAGAUGAAAGAAGAGUUAAUGCUGCUUGGAUUUAUUUCUUUGCUUCUGACAGCAACAUCAAGUGUAAUAUCAAAUAUCUGCAUUCCAUCGAAGUUUUAUGACACCUCUUUUACUCCAUGCACCAAGUCAGAGAUUGAUGAACAAAACGAGGACAAUUCUUCAUCUGAGGAGCGGAAGCUAUAUAUGGUUUCUGUUUUUCCACACGUGUUUAGGAGGAUGCUCAACGUGAAGAAAAAUACUUGCAGAGAGGGUCACGAGCCCUUUGUUUCAUACGAAGGACUCGAGCAAUUGCAUCGAUUUAUCUUUGUAAUGGCAGUAACUCAUAUAUCUUAUAGUUGCUUAACGAUGUUGCUGGCAAUUGUCAAGAUCCACAGUUGGAGAUUAUGGGAAAAUGAAGCUCACAUGGACCACCAUGAUCUAUUUAACGAUACAACAAGAGAGAAGAUAAUGCAGAGACAAUCUACCUUUGUUCAAUAUCAUACCGCCAAUCCUUUAACCAGGAAUAGCUUUCUUAUCUGGACAACAUGUUUCUUUCGGCAAUUGGGGUGUUCUGUUGUUCGUGCUGACUACCUCACACUUCGCAAAGGCUUCAUCACGAAUCACAAGCUCUCAUCAACAUAUGAUUUCCAUAGUUACAUGGUCCGUUCAAUGGAGGAAGAAUUCCAAAGAAUAGUUGGUGUGAGAUUUUUGGAUAGCAACUAUUCCUGUUACUCUUGUUCUGUUAGUUGGCACAAAGUUGCAGCAUAUAAUUGCAACUUUGACACUGGAGAAUGCUGGCAUAACCGGAUUCUUUUCUGGAGCGAAGCUGAGGCCUCGAGACGAUCUCUUCUGGUUUAAAAAGCCUGAGCUCCUGUUGUCCUUGAUCCAUUUUGUCCUUUUCCAGAAUGCUUUUGAGCUGGCUUCGUUCUUCUGGUUUUGGUGGCAAUUUGGAUACAGUUCUUGCUUCAUUAGUAAUCAUCUACUUGUCUAUGUAAGGCUGAUAUUGGGGUUCGCGGGACAAUUUCUUUGCAGCUAUAGUACUUUGCCACUAUAUGCACUGGUUACUCAGAUGGGAACAAACUACAAGGCUGCCUUAAUUCCACAAAGAAUAAGGGAAACAAUCCAUGGGUGGGGUAAGUCAGCUAGAAGGAAGAGAAGGCUCCGGAUAUUUACUGAUGAUGCCACAGUCAACACGGAAACAAGCACGGUAAUGUCACUUGACGACGAUGACAAUCACCUUACUGAUACUCCCAAAACCAACGCUGGCUAUGCCGAAAUCGAGUUGCUGCCGCCUGCAGCAGUAAAUGUAUCCAUCUCUGUUGCUAAUGAUGCAUCAAGUAGGGUUGGAACUCCCCUUCUUCAACCCUCUCUAUCCCUUUCCUCACCGGUCACCCGAAACAUUGAUGCAGAAAACCCUUUGAGAAGCUCAUCUAUGCCGGUGCAAAGGUAACUCAUAGCCAAUAAACAAAGCUAUAGAAGUACCAUAUCAAUUAGCAUAAACUUCAGUAAAGGAAACUAUAAAAGUAUCAUGUAAGUUAGUACAAACUCGAUAGAAAUCAAGAGAGGCAUUCAGAAUGUAAGCCUAGAGAUUUGUUAUAGGAUACUGAGCUUGUAUUUGUAGAAAAUAACAGUAUACAUGAACUGAGGCUGCUUGGAAUGUAAUAUAUUCUUCCAACAAUGUAAGGAAAAGUAUAGAUUGCAAUUACAGAAGAGAGUUUUCUGAUA